AAACGCAAACAAAACCGGCGGUGCGGCGUCAGCGUUCGAUGUCAAGUCAGUACCAACUUGGAGUUGGCCGCGGUCGGUGCGCGUUCGAAGAGUUUCUCGUAAGUGGUGUGGCGCCGCGCGAGUUGGCUUCCCAAAAGAAAAAAAAAUCCUAAAUCCGAUAUAAAUAAAUAAGAAAAGUAAAAAAUAAAUACAGUGGAAUCGAGUGCGAACGUGCGUUCUAAGUGCACAUAUGAAUAUUGUAUAUACAUUUCAUUCACAUCUUCUCGCGUACAGGCCCAACGGGUAGUGCUUGUGGAUUCUAUAAGAAAACAAACCAGUUGUGAGCAUCCUGUCUUGUCUGCGGUUUCGUUCACGAGAACGCUCGCGCAUUUGACGAAGGAGCCUACAAGUGCAGUGCGCGUGUAUCGGGUUUGGAGCGGUGAAAACGUUAGCUAAAACCGGUGGAGAGCAGUGUUGAUGUGAAAAGAAAUUGCAUUUAGUGUGUUUGAUUGCUCAAAGUAAAUAUAAAAGAGUUCCAAAUAGCAGUUGGUGCGAUGAGUUAGGCCGUAUUAAAUGUUGCUCUCGAUGUGAAUUUGAAAAAAAGAAGUGAGCCAGAUCUGUGAGUCGUAAGAUUUCUUGUUCCCGCGAAUAUUAUCGCUCGGUGACGCGCCGGGUAGUUGUGGUGCAGUGCUGGUGAGGUGAUGUGAUGUGUUUCCGGUGUCCUAAUUGAUGAGAUUGUGCAACAUCCGAUGCAAAACGCAAAAAAAAUAUAACGUGAAGAAACGGCGUGCGAGAAGUUAAUUAGAAGUUGUCUUCAAAAGGCAUAGGUCUUGACCUACAGACGAUCGGUCACCGCUUACUUCAGCAUCGUUUAAUCGACAUUUACACCAACCCCCGAUGAUAACGACCAACGAUGGAUUACGAGCAGGGCAGCCAAGAAGCUGCCGCCGCCUGCCUGUUAGACGCCGUUAGUUAGCUCGUCACCCUUCCGGAGGACCACGCGACUCGCUGCGCGUAAGACGAUGCAGCAGCUCGAAUUGGACGAGCAGCAAUAUCACCGGGAACGAUCUGGUCGGCAACAGCAGCAACGGAGGCAGCUCGAAGGGACGGUUCACCGUCAUAGUCAUUGUCGUCAUCAUCAUUACCGUGCCGGCGGUCGGCGUCAGUGUCGCCGUCGUGACUGCGGCGUGGAGGCGCACACCAAAGGGACCGCAAUUAGGGCGACCGGAUAGAGCGGGGCAACCGAUCAACCGCUGGCCGAUCGUCGCCGACACCGAUGACAUGCAUCUGCAGCCGUACCGUGCGGCCGAAGCUCAGUGGUGAGGCUCAAUUUUUCGUCCUCGACAGGACGACGGACAGCUGCGUGAAGCGGCAGUAGGCAGGAAGCAAAGCUAGUGAAUAAACGCUCCAACCCCCCGAACCGAACCGAACUGAACCGAACGAUGGAGGUGGAAAGGAGGAUCGAAUCCGCACGGGAACUGUUCCACCGGCAGCGAAGGGAGCGGAACCGGCAGUGGUGCUGGUGGCGGAAGCGAAACGAAGCCCGAAGGAAGCAGCAGGAACAGCAGCAGCAGCGACAGGAUGUUGAAGAUCGCGAUCUCGCCGACGAUGGCGGCAUGGAUCAUACGAUCGUGACCGGUGGUAGGCAGUGGGGGGACGUGUGUGAUCCACUGCGCAGUGACAACGACGACCACCCUGCCACCGGACGCACCGGAGCGGCGUCCUUACGCCCGGAACGGUGGAGGAGCCGCAGGAGUGAGGAGGACGAACCGACGCCCACCAUCUGGCGGAGUUUGGCCCGACGGAAAGGGACCGCCGGCGAUGGUUGGGGCCCGUGGAACCGAGUGACCGGGGGGCCAGCCCGGGGCGGGCGGUCGUGUCCCUGGCUGCUGGCGCUCACCAGUGCCAUGGUGGUGCUGCUGGCGGUGUCGCUGCCGUGCGCCGUCGCGGGCGCACCCAAGUACGAGACGGCAUACGCGUGCGAGGGCAAGACGCUGAUGAUCGAGUGCGAGCACGGCGACCUGAUCAACCUGAUCCGGGCGAACUACGGCCGGUUCUCGAUCACGAUCUGCAACGACCACGGCAACGUGGACUGGAGCGUCAACUGCAUGUCGCCGAAGAGCCUCCGGGUGCUGCACUCCAAGUGCGCCCAGAAGCAGAACUGCUCGGUGCUGGCUUCGACGAGCAUGUUCGGCGAUCCGUGUCCGGGCACGCACAAGUACCUCGAGGCGCACUACCAGUGCGUGUCGGCGGCCCAGUCCUCCACCACCACCAACCGGCCGAGCCCGCCCUGGCUCAAGACGUCGCAGCCGAUCGUGUGGAGCACGUCGACGGUGCGCAACCCGGUGCUGAGUCGGCUCAACCUGACCAACAACGAGUUGGGCGGCGCGGACGCCCCGUUCAGUGCGACGACACCGCGGACGUCCCCGACGGCGACGACGGUGACCGCGACGUCGAUGGUGGCCGGUGUGACCGCGGCCGUCUCGUCCGGGGUGGCCACGGCCCGCCCGGGCGGGGGCGGCAAGACGAGCCAACCGUCGACCACCUUCCGGAACAAGGGUUUCGAGAACAAGAGCGUCAACGACGACCUGGCGAUCAUCAAGACGAUCACCGACCGGAAGAAGGGAUCCACCUCCGUGGGCUCACCGGCGGUGGCGGGGACGAUUCCACCCGCCGCGGGGGGCCCUCCGCCGGCCGCCGAAGACGAGGAGGACGGUGCGGAUCUGUUCCCCACCCAGACGGCAGUAUUAUCCGGCGCGGCGAGGAACCCUUCGGCGGCGCCGGGAGUUGUCGGCGUCGGUGGGGCAGGCGUUGGCCUGAACAAUCACAACCCGAACGUGCUGAUCGACGUGAGCCACGCGUGUGGGCCGAGCACCGCCCGGAACCUGUUCUGGAACAUCACGCGCGUCGGCGAGGUGAACGUGCAGCCGUGUCCGGGCGGUGCGACCGGUAUCGCCAAGUGGCGCUGCGUGGCCAUCGCGUCGCUGACGCCCGAGCAGCGCGUCCACCUGCAGCAGGAGCACCAGCAGAUGCUGCAGCAGCACACGCACCAUCAUCAUCAGCAGCAGCAGCAGCAGCAGGCGGCAACCGCGGCGGUGGUGUCCUCGGAGGACGCCGCCAGUAGCAACAAAGGUGAUAUUAGUUUUAGUAGCAACGCCGGUGCGCCGCCCGCCAUCGCCGCCGGCGCCGGCAGCGGGGCGACCUGGUAUGCGUACCAGCCGGACCUGACGCAGUGUCGCAGCCUGUGGCUGAACAACCUCGAGGUGCGCGUUCAGCAGCCGGAGUCGUCGCUCAUCCUGAUUGCGAACGAUCUGGCGCAGGUGACCAGCAGCAAGACGCUGUACGGCGGCGACAUGCUGGUCGCGACCAAGAUCAUCCAGACCAUGUCGCAGAAGAUGCACUACGACAUCGAGACGAUCCCGGACCAGCGGCAGCGGGAGGCGCUCGUGUUCGAGCUGCUGAACAGCGUGGUGAAGACGGGCAGCAACCUGCUCGACCAGUCGCAGCACGCCAGCUGGCUCGACCUCAGCGUGGAGGACCAGAUGCGCGUCGCCACGUCGCUGCUGACCGGGCUCGAGGACAACGCGUUCCUGCUCGCCGACACGAUCCUGCGCGAGAAGCACGUGGUGCAGAAGGUGAAGAACAUCCUCAUCUCGAUCCGCGUGCUCGAGACGCGCAACUUCGCCAAGGCGACCGAGCUGUUCCCGGACUCGUCGACCGAGCGGUGGCAGGUGAGCAGCGACCAGAUCGAGCUCCCGAAGGCGGCCCUCAUCGAGAACAGCGAGGGUGGCCUGGUGCGCAUCGUGUUCGUUGCGUUCGACCGGCUCGAGCAGAUCCUACGGCCGCAGUUUAGCAACAUCCAGCAGCAUCAGCAACCGUUGCCGGGUGGCACGGGACCUCGGGCGGAAUCGAGCCAGCAUCAGCUCGACACGGAGGGCAUAGCGUCGGCGAACGUGGGUCUCGGUGGUGAUGGACGCCUCCAGCCCGAUUCACCCGCCUCAGGCACUCGCACCGAUUCGUCCGAGCCGAGCUCGCGGGUGGAAGAGCUAGGAACACCGCGGUUGCGGCUCCUGAACAGCAAAGUGAUCUCGGCCAGCCUCGGCAAGGGCCGGCACAUUCAGCUGUCGCAACCGAUCCGCAUGGUGCUGCGGCACCUGCGCACCAAGAACGUGUCCAACCCGACGUGCGUGUUCUGGAACUACAUCGACCACGCGUGGUCCGAGGACGGCUGCCACGUGGAGCACACCAACCAGACGCACACGGUGUGCAUGUGCAACCACCUGACGAACUUCGCGCUGCUGGUGGACGCGGUCGACGACGAGACGCAGCUGUCGCUGCUGUCCAACAUCGACGACAGCAUGCUGAUCUACAUCGGCGUCGCGAUCGUGGUGGUGAUCGUCGUGGUAGCGCUCUUCGCACGCAAACUCUGCCACGGUGCGGUCCUCGCGAAGCUGCGCAACGGGGGCGACGAGGGUGCGAUGCGGGCCGCUGGGGUGGUCCCGGAUCGCGACGGUGGUUUGUCGAUCUCGGGCCACCACGGGGUGGGCGCACGGAUGCAUCACCAUCACAACAACGCCGGCGUCGAUCUGCACCAUCCAACGGUACCGUCGGCGGUGGCCGCCCACCAUCACCAUCAUCUCGUGCACCACCACUUGCCGGGAUUGGCCGGGACGGGUGGCCAUCAUCUACUCGUUGCGGAUGACUUCCAUCAGCAACAGCAGCAGCAACAACAUCCCGCCAACAACCUGCACAAUCAUCACCCGAACAAUCUCGUGGCGAACAACAUCGGGCAUGGGCAUCACGUCGGCAGCAACAACCUGGUGACGACCACGUUCAACAACCUCAAUGGCGGUGGCGGCGGUAGCGGCAUGAGCAGCUGCUCCCCUUCCCCACCAGGGCUCGGGGGCGGGGGUGGCGGCGGAUACGAGCAUCACCUUCCGGCGCACCUCGCCCGGCUGAACAACAAUCCAAUCAACAGCAGCAACAACAACAGCAGCAGCAACAGCAGCAGCACCACCAACCUGCACCAUCUGCAUCAUCACCAGCAGCAGCAGCAGGGGGUGCCGGUGCCGGCGGGGCCGCACCAUCACCAUCAUCACCAUCUGCCGCAGUCCUCCUUCAGCAGCAACAACAGCAGCAGCACCACCACCACCAGCCGCAAGCUGCCGCAGCCACCGCCGCUGGUGCCAUCCUCCUACAAGGGCUCGGUGGCGGGCUCCUCGCCGGUGGCGCACCAUCAGCAUCAUCUCUAAUCGCGUCCACCUCGCUGAUCACGACCACCACCACGCCGGUGAAGGGGGCCAGCGUCGACAGUAGUAGCGUCAGCGGUAGCGAUCAGAGUACGACCGCCGCCGAGAUGGCCGGCUACAACCUCGGCGGGGAGCUGGGCGG